GCAUGCGUAAAAGUGCUGGGAUUUCAGGAAGAUACACUCUGAAGGUCGGUGCUAUGUGAACACGCCGUGUCCCAACGGAAUCUAGAAAUUUAUCCAAACCAAAACGAUAAAAAAUUACAAAUCUUGACAAUUAAACGUGUCGGACAAUCGCUAAGAUGAUAACCACAUUACUGUACAUUGCCGGAGGUACUGUGAUUUUCUUCAGCCUUUUCCAUACAGGUAACGGCAUCGUUUGUUGGGAAUGCAACUCUCAUUACGAUGCACACUGUGCUGAUCCAUUUAAUAAUCGUACUUUAUCUUCUAUUGAUUGUAAUUCGCGUUUCCUGCCUCAUUAUCCUAACACACCUGCCACAAUCUGUCGAAAAAUUAUUCAGAAAGUCAAUGACGAAUACCGCUACAUCAGAGGAUGCGGAUGGAUGACUGAUGAUCGAGAAGGAAUUGAUUGCAUCAAGCGAGCGGGGACAUUCCACGUUUUCGUCCAAUAUUGCAGCUGCCAGACAGACUACUGCAACUUAGCACCUGCUAAUCAACCCAACAGUUUAACAAUAAUUCUCGUAAUGAUUUUUGCCUCGUUAAUAUCCUUGUCGUGAAUUCAUAUCACCUUAAAUAAGGAUAUAAAGUAAGAGGGAAAAAAUAGAAGAACUCAUUUCUAGUGAUGGCGUAGAAAUUCCCAUUUUUUGAUCCCUACUAUGGUUGAAAUUUGUUUACCCCGGAUGCUUACCCACCAUUGAAGAGAUAUACAACGAAAAAAAAAAAGUUUACCCUCUCCUUUAGCUUUCUAUAGUUCGUGAUGUUUAGCCAAAAUUUGUAGAUAGUGCCAUGCUGUCGAUGCUGCCAUCUUUAGUCAUGUAUAAGUGUCCUCAGACAAGCAUGGAAUGUAAACUGUAGAAAAUGAGGAAAAUUUUUUCCUAUAAAUGUAGAUAGACCGUCCCAUGGAUAAGGCUUCUAAUUGGUGGUUUAAUGAUUUAAUGGUUAACUCAGGUUGUUGCUCUAGCAGCAUUUUGAUCAGGCGAAGAAAAUGCUAUCGAGGAGAUGUACGUUGUUAAAAGAAUACUAAAAAAAAAAUAUAUAUAUAUAUAUAUUUCAGAGAUAAGAAAUAUAAAAUUACUAAAUUCUUUAAACAAAGCAACACGCUGAGAUCUAAUUUAUAUAAUGAAAAAAUAAUAAUAAUGAUUAAACUAAGUAAAGAGCUUUCAAUACACACGUAUAAGAAAAUCAAGUAAGAAAUAUUAACAUUAAUAGAUAUAUAUUUUUUAAUGUAUUAAGCUUUAAAUUUAUUCAUGUUUCUUGAGUUAUAAACUUGUAACAACGCUAUUAAUUUAAAGUUUCGAAUUUUACAUCCCUGUUAUCUUAAUUAGUUUCUUAGUUAAAAGCAAAUUAAUUUCGUUGCAAAUGCAGUUAGCCUAUAUACAUUUGCUGUUGAUCGAUCUAAGAGUUUAAAAGUCGUAAACCAAACAGACGAAUGUAAAUAUUUGAAGCGAUUAAAUUACCGCGUAAAAAUAUAGUAUAUAUAUAUACAUAUAUACCGAAAUUGAUGUUUAGUACUUUUUAAAAUUUAAAAAAUUAAA